AAACAUGACAGAUGAAGAGAGUAAAAUUGAGGACACUGUGAUACUGCUUCUUCAAACGGAGCGAUUUAAGAUUGAUAAAAAAAAACUGAUCAAUAAGAGCCAAUACUUUGCCGUGCUUCUCUCUACAACUUAUAUAGAUCAUCUUUUGUUGGAACAUAUUAUCAAUUAUGACAUUCCUUUCACUUGCUUUCAGAAUUUUAUAAAUUGGAUUAACAAUGAUGAACAUGAUAAAUAUGAUGUACAAAAGAUAUGUAAUAAAGAUUAUAUCGAAUGUCUUUUGUUAUUGGAAUUAAGCGUUCUGUUCGCGGUAGAUGAUUUAAUAGAAAAUAUAAUACUUACACUCGAGAGAUACUAUUUAUUACCGAAAGAUGUAAUUGAUAUUUGGUUGCUAGCACAGGAAUUAGGCCUUAAUGUAUUACAAGAUCUUUGUUUGGCUGUUUGCUUAGAUCGUUUUACUGAACUGCCAUUACAUUUGAUUUAUAAGCUAUCAAAGCAAAAUUUUUUGAAAUUAGUUGGUAAUAUCAAUCUAAGAAUUGAAAAAGAAAAGAAAGAAGAAUUUGAUUUAUACCAAAUUGCACAAGAAUGGAUGAAAAUUAAUAAGGAUACAAUUCCAUUGGAUAUAUUAAAAAAGACUGGACCAAUAGUUUAUCCAAGUAUUAUAUCCUAUGAUAGUUUUGAUUGUUCUGAUGUUAAUAAUGAAUUUUACCUUCAUUGUUGGAAUGAUGACAAGCUCAUUGAACUUACUACAUUUAAAUAUCCCAAAGAUAUUAUCAAUAACAAGACGAAUAGUAGAAUAAUAGGAAUGCAGAUUACUGCCAGAGGGCAUAAUUUAUAUCUUAGUGGCGGAGAAUUUGGUAUUGGUUCAGGAAGGUUUAACCUGAAUGUGUGGCGUUAUUCUCUGAUAUCUAAAAAAUGGUUUUUGGAGACGAGUAUGCCUCAUGCGAGAAGACAUAUGGUUGCUACCUUUGUGGGGAAUACAUUAUUGCUUGCAGGUGGUGUAGGACAAUAUCGACGAAAAUUGCGAUCUCUUGAUAUCUAUAAUGUCCAUACAGGCAGAUGGUUUAAGGGAUCAGAAAUGCCCGUGGAAUUCGUUACUCCGCCUGAUUAUUUUGUUGUUGAAAACAAAUUAAUCUUAUGUUUUAGUCAGGCUAAUAGGCCAGAAUUGUUGUUUCUCAUGUAUAUAUAUAAUAGCAAGUCGAAUUUAUGGAAACACCCCACGAGGAUACCAAUAAAACAAGGGUUAUAUAUACAUGAACUAUGUGUAACAAUGAUGAAAUUUAACGCUGCUUCAUGUUACAUUGAUGAUAAUAUGCCAGACAGAAUCAAUUUAAGAACUAUUGUAGUAACAUGCAAUGAUUUUGAAUAUAAUCGCAAACAAUUUGAUGAAAUAAGUGCUAACCAUUCGUGGGGAAUUAAUAAAAUCGAUAAAUAUAAUAAUUCUAAUACGUACUUUUACUUUACACUAUCACAGGAUGAUUUAUACGACAACAAUAUGCUAAUGUUUUUAAAAAAUUUUUGUAUAGUAAUAUCUUUCUCAGAAAAAGAACAUUUACAGUGGCAUAGUAUACCUAUACAAAACCCAAAUAAGUUCCGUUCUCUUAUUUCGGAUUCAUGUUCAAACUUUUUUCAUUUGAUGGAUCCAGCUAAUUUAUAUGCUAAAUCGGCGGCGAAAUUGGAUUGUGUAACUUAACACAUAUAAUGUGUUUUAAAUGUGUGAGUUUUGUGAGUUAAAUGUUCAAUGAUUGAAUAUAGGAAUAUGAGUAGAAGUAAAGAUCCAAAUAAAAAGUCAAGAAGAAUAUAACAAAAAAAUUGCAGAAAUAUUGCAGAUUAAAAGAUCGUUACGAUUUCUGUGUAUUCUUUGAAAAAAUUAACUUGGCUUUAUUUUUAUCUAUAGCAAUGUCCUCUAUUUUCACGAAUCAUCUAUCAUAUUAUUAAAAAACAUUGUAAAUAUAUUGUGUAAAAUUGGUUGCGUCAGAAGUGAUUUUUCUAUACAAACUUAGUAUAGAACUAUAGAAUACGAAUUAAUAUUAUUUAUAAUUUUUAUAUGAAUUUUUAUAUUAAAGUUUUUAUCAACACUAAUUGUUUUGUCUAUUACUAAAUUGUAUAUCGAAAAAAUAUAUCGUAUUUCUUUUUCUCAUUACCGACGAUACACAAGUGUAAUUACUACCUGAGGACAACUGUGUUGUACUAACUUGAGGACAAUUGUGGAAUUAAUAGGAUUUACAUUUAUAAUCUAUAUUAGUAUGAUAUAACAGUGAAUAACGAGAUCUCAUUUUAAAUCACAUGUUUUAUUUAAUCGUAAAUUUUUUUCUGAGACGGAAAGCAGUCUUCAAACAAAUAAUAACACGACCAUUAAUGUGGAAUAAGAGGGUACAUCGCGAUAGUAUAUCACGUAAAAAUAAAUAUUUGGCGUUCUCGCGAUGCCACUGAGGAAUUCCCGGUGAGAUUAAUAAUGUUGGCGGUUCUUUGAGGAUGCUGGCAGUCUCGCCGGGCAAACCGCAUUUUGGACAUUUUGGCGAAUAUCCUACAAAUUUCCGAUUCUAUUCCAUUUUUUUCCGAUUGUGCCGUGACGUACCCAUUAAGUAUUGAGUAUAUACCAAGUCGUGUGAUAGCAAAGCCGAAUAUUUUAGCGUAAUAAGUUGCGUGUAUCCAUAAUGCGAAGAUGCGGAGACGCGGAAAUUACUUGGAUGCUCGUCUCGUAAAAAUAAACCGCGUCUCGACGAUUCGAGCGAUUCAUACAUGCGACAUUUUAUGAGAAAACACACAGGAAGAGAAUACAGCGUUCCAAAAUAAUUUACAUACAGAAAAUACGCGCGCACGAAAGAAAGAGAGAGCUUAAUAUUAGUCUUCUUUCGAUUCUCCUUUUCUUUUUUUUUUUUGUAUAGAAACGUCGUAGAUUUAAAAGCGGUCGUUGCGAUGAGCCGAAUCGGUUUUCUUCAUUCGCGUAUUCUAUUGUUAAGCUUCGCGCAAAAAUCGAAAGGCCACACUGGAAAGCCAGUGAAAAGAAUCAACCGGAAAUAUUUCAAUGUUUAUGAAUUGAAUGCAUACGAAAACGGAGAAGAUAAAUUCUUUUUGGAGAAAACGUAUUCGCGGAUAGAUUAGAUGCUUCUCAAAAAAAAAAAAAAGAAAAAAAAACACGUGCGCUCAUAUAUUUGCAAAUCGAUCACCGAUGUUUUCUCC